AUAGGAACUGAGCAUGAAAAGUUUGGUUUUCAGAUGAGGACUUUAUGUCCCAUAACAUAUAAGCAAAUACAAGAGUUACUCAAUGGUGUUGCUGCAAUAUAUGAUGAAUGGGGCAAAAUAAUGGAAGGUGACAACCUUAUAGGACUUAAAAAGGUGAAAGCUGUUGCAACAAAAAUGGGAAUUGGAUUCUUAGGAAUAGGUCUCCAGCCCAAGGGAGGACUUAAGGACAUGCCUAGGAUGCCCAAGCCAAAUCAAGAGAUUUUAUCGAGAUACUUUGCUAAAGUUGGCUCAUUUGGACUGCAUGCAAUGCAUAGGACAUGCACUGUUCAGGUUAAUCUAGAUUACAGUUCAGAAGCUGACAUGAUCAGGAAAUUUCGUGCUAGUCUUGCUUUGCAGCCUGUAGCAACAGCACUAUUUGCAAAUUCACCUUUUGCUAAAGGAAAUCCAAAUGGUUAUCUCAGCUUGAGAAGAUUUCCAAAAGUAACUCAACCAUUUCUGGACUGGCCAUGAAAAAGUCGUACUGGCAUGCUACCCUGUUUUGAUGACUCCUUUGGGUUUGAUCGGUACGUUGAUUAUGCUCUUGACGUUUCAAUGCUUUACAUUUUUACAGGAAAAAGAAAUAUAUAUAUUGACUGUGCUGGAAUGUCAUUCCGGGAUUUUAUGGCAGGAAAACUCUCUUGUCUACCGGGUGAAUUGCCAACCAUCAAUGAUUGGGGGAAUCAUUUGGCAACAUUAUAUCCUGAGGUUCGGAUGAAGACAUACUUAGAGAUGAGGGGUGCUGAUGCAGGGCCUCUAGCAAUGUUAUUGGCUUUGCCAGCAUUUUGGGUAGGUUUACUAUAUGAUGAGGUUUCACUUCAAAAUGUUCUACACUUGAUAGCUGAUUGGACCACCGAAGAACGAGAGAUGUUGAGGAAUAAGGUCCCUAAGAUUGGUCUAAAAACACCACUUCGGGAUGGAUUGCUAAGCCAUGUUGCUGAAGAUGUUGUCAAGUGGGCGAAGGAUGGCUUGGAAAGAAGAGGCUUUGAAGAAUCAGGGUUCCUUGAUGAGGUGGCCGAGGUGGUAAAAACAGGUGUGACACCUGCUGAGAAGCUUUUGGAGAUGCACCAAGGGAAGUGGGGACAAUGUGUGGAUCCUGUCUUUCAUGAGCUACUCUAUUGAUCAACUCAAUAAUUAGGUUCACCAACAUCCUUGGGUGCAUGUACUCCUAGUUGUUCCUGUUCUAUAGCUAUACAUGUCCAAAUUUAUGGUCGUGUUCUUUCUUUGGCCUUUGUUGGCCCUUCCUUAAACACUUCUUGCUUCUUUGGUUGCAAUCCAAAAAAAUAAAUCGUGUUGUAUAUGA